GGUGUGUGCAAGGGGGAAGAGCCCGCUGGUGGUGCGUCGCGCGUUUUCCCGCCUAAAUCUUUCACCGACAGAAGUGAAGUGAAGCAGGUCCGAACGUGGGAGCAGCGGAGAGACUGGCUUGCGACGCAAUAUUGGUAGACUGGUGUGUGGUCUCUGAAGAAGGAAGUUGCCUUUGUUUUGUUUUCGCUCGAAAGCCUCAAACAAUCCCCCUUGUUUUUGUUUUUUGAUGGCUCAGCAGUUUCAGGUGCUGAGAUGCUGUUCCUGUAAUAUCUUCCAAGUGCACCAGGUUAAAAAAGGCAAAAAAUGGAAUUGCAAAAUAUGUGAUGAAAAGCAGUCAAUUCUAAAGGUUUUCGGCCAGGGCUCUGGGGUUGAUUGCAGACGCCAUGUGCAGAAGCUAAACUUGCUGCAAGGAGAACAGGAUCACACACCUGUAAGCAAACUUGGGUGUAAAGAAGAAUCAGGACCAAUAGUUGAUGAGAAUAUGGCUGUUAACAUCAAAGAAAAAACAGACUGGGAGGAUAGGAGACACUUAGCCAUGGUUAAUGUAAAAAGCUGCAAAGAUGAUUUAUGUGACAGUACAAUUCCUGUGACUGAAGACCAUGUGCUACAAAGAAGUAAUCAACAGCCAGAAUCAAAAGUAACUGGACUUUCAAAAUGGAAUAAAUUCCUUUUAUCUGACAAGAGUUAUAAUAUUGACAAGACAGGUGGAAGGCAAAGGACAUCAGACAAAACACAUCCUGCAGGCACAAGUGAUGAAAGAGCCAGCACUUCUAGUGCUGGGUGUGGUAACUGGAAUCUCAAACCACAACACAAUGUAUUAACCUGCUGUGAGAGAGCAAAAGAUUCUGAUCACCUUGGGACAAGCAGCAAAUACUCUGCAGGUUUGGCUACUUGUCAAGAUAAGGCACAACCUGCAGAAUUUACCACUACUUCAGGGUCUUGCGCUCCCGUUAAAUCAAACCUUUAUGGAAGUCUUUUUUACACAGGGGAGGAUUUUGAUGAUGAUAUUUAAGGCUCUACAGUGAGAUUUGCUGAUUUUUUUCCACUGAGAUGGUUUAAAAUAAUAGCAAUAUGGCCUGUGUUUAAAAUCAGACAUUUCAAUGUUGAAUAAUAAAGUGGAUUAUAUUCCAGUCAUACUAUUUUAGGCAUGGCACAAAAAGGCUUUAAUUAUCAGUAGAGCUAUGCUGUAUUGUUAAUGGGACCAUUAUAAAGAAGCAUGGAAAGCAAAGGCUUUUUACAAAAAUCAAAUGUUUGAACAAUUGAUAGCUUAUAAAAGCUAAUAUUAUUACUGGUACCUAUUUUAAUAAAUUGAUAUACCUCUAAUUAAACAAACUUGUUAUAAAUUCAAUAAAGAAGCACUAAAAUAAAAUGUCUAACAAUCA